AUGUUAUUGCUUCCUUAUUGCUCAAUCGAUUACUGGAAAGUCUGGAUGGAAUCGAUUUCAGAAAUCAGUUGUUCUCGUAAUCUCGUUUUCCUUCAAUAUCGGGAGCGGGAGUGCGGGACUGUGGAAGAUACAGGGGUCGAGGGGACAGUUCAAGAAUCAAGGGGAAGAAGAAGGAAGGGAACGCCGCCAGAUACAUCACUAGGUCGCAAGCUGUUAAGGACCUGCAAGAAAUUAUGUAUCUUCAAAAAAGUUUUUCCUCGAGACCCGAAGAAAAAAGUGAAGGGAAACCACCAUACCUAUUAUCACAUGAAAGAUAUUUUGGGUCUUAAACAUGAGCCACUUCUUGUCAAGUUUCGUGAGACUAGGACAUAUGAGAAAAAGAAAAAGAAAGCAAUGUCUAAGAAGAACAAAAAUCUUGUUGAAUGCGUGUCGACACGCAAGCCUUCUUACACACUUGAUAGGCCUAUCCUUGAGAGGUUGAGUCUUGAGUGGCAAGCAUAUGUCUCUCGCACACAUAAAUUGCGAAAGGCUUUCAUAUCUGUGAAAGGCAUAUAUUACCAGGCAGAGGUUGAAGGGCAAAAAAUCACAUGGUUGACACCUCAUGCACUACAACAAGUAAUGCCUCAAGAUGUAGAUUACAAGAUCAUGCUUACAUUCUUGGAAUUAUAUGAGAAUCUCCUUGGUUUUGUUAAUUUUAAACUCUACAAUUCGAUUAAUUUGAAAUAUCCACCUAUCCUUGAUCCUCGACUGAAAUCUUCAGCUUCAGAUUUAUAUGCUUUGACAAGGUAUGUUGAAAAUGCUGGUGAUGAGAAUGAAGAUGAUAAAGAAACAAGAGCAUGUAAAACCCUUUUCAAAAACAUGACAUUCUUCUUGAGUCGUGAGGUUCCAAGAGAAUCAUUGCUUUUUGUGAUUACGGCAUUUGGUGGUGUGGUUUCAUGGGAGGGAGAUGGAGCUCCAUUUGAGGAAUCUAACCAGAGCAUUAAUUAUCAGAUUGUUGAUAGGCCAAAGUAUAUUGUUGGGAAGGUUCUUCCACCACAUUUGUCUCCAUUUGUUGACAAUGAAGUAGAAGGGUAUGUACCCGAGUAUGCAAAGACCAUUAAAAGGCAUCAAGCUGCUGCUAGAAAAGAGAUCCUCCCAAUGCCAGGUGGCGAACAAGAUGAUCUUAAUAAUGCCCAAAAUCUACUUGCUGAAGGCAUCAUUGAUCGCACUAAAGCCAAAGAAGCCGCGGAAAGAAAAAGAAAGAUGGCGAUGCUUCAAGAGGAGUAUCAUCAGGAACUAAAAAAGGAACUGGAAGGGACAACACAACAUGCACCCACUACACCUAAAGAGAGCAAGAAGAAGAAUAAGAAUGUUGAUGAUGAAGAAACGGAAGAUGAUGAAAAUCUGCAGCAGUUUGCUGAUGAUAAUGACAACAUGUCAAAGGUUGCCAUGUCACGUAAAAAGAGGAGACUUUAUGAAGCCAUGAAGAUUUCGCAAGAAAGGAAAAAGGCAAGUGUGGAUACUCUCAAGACAAGGAAGAAAAAUAUUUAAAACUCCAAGAAAACAACAUCUGACUGAAGCUGAUUUAGAGAUUCAAGGUCCUUCCCUGCGUUUUUAUAAUCAAAGCAAUGAAUUAAAUUUUGUAGGUAUAGGCUUUUUUUUACUUGUUUUUAUAACGGUGGAUUUUUUUCUCAAAAUUUGGUUUGUUUCUGGAUCUGAUGAUAUUCUUACUAAAUCACAUAUGGUAUGACAGUGAAUUU